AACGGCCUUUAAAGGAGACCGGGAUAAUCUGUUCAUGUGGAUCGCGAUGAAGUUUCUAUUUCUAAUAUCUUGAUUAUACCUACCUAACUAACGUCAUGGUAGGGUUUUUUUUUCGAACCAUAUAUUAUUUAAGUUGCAUUAAGCGAUACGGAAUUUCAUAGACAGCUAUUUUCUUAAUGAUAUUAAACCAAAAUGUAAUGGGGUUUAAAGUCCUACUUUUCUGCACCGACUGUGCAAAUGAAGACAGACUUACGCCAUACAGUGUGCUAUAAUAAAUAUUCUAUUUUCUUCAUCCGGGUAUUGCAAUACUUCUGUAUAUCAUUAUCAAUAGACUUUUACAUCCUGAAUUGAAAAUGAGAAACUCCAUAAAUAUAUUUGGCUUAUAGACGUGUAUAUAACGAUGUGUUUUCGAGCCGUCGUGCAUAUAUUGAGAGAUGAAUUUAAAUUGAAGAACUUUGUAUUUAAUGAUGUAAAUGAACAACGCUUUUAUACACCUCAGUGGAGAACCCGCCCCUUUCUUUAUUUGGUAUAUCGUUGUAUUGGUGCUGCUUACACAAUGUCCAGUCUGCUUUAUGUAUUUGCAACAUCAGAAACAUUGAAAUAUGAGUGGGGCGUAUAUUUCCCUAAUUGGUCGUAUGUUCUUCUCAGUGUGUACUUUCUUGUGCACUACAUCUUCACAUUACUAAAUUACUUUCACAGUGUUGAAUCAAUAUUUAUUGAAGUUGCCUUAGAAAAUCAUAUAAAAUAUUUCAAGGAUCCGAGCACAUAUUUAAGGGAGCAACAAUGCGAAGACGAUGCUUCAUCAGAUUUAGCACAGGAUCCGAGUAAGGUUAUACAGCUUCCAUUUUUUAUUAAAGUUUUAUGGAUGUUGUAUGCAACAGUAUUACCUGCGGCAUUGACAGUGACUAUAAUGUUUUGGUGGACGUUUGAUUAUGAGAGCCCUAUCACGUUUAAUAUUGUUGCAUUCCACAUUUUAAAUUCGGUGAUAAUACUAACAGAACAUGCGGUGACAGCCGUACCUUUUCGUCUACUUCAUUUUAUAUAUCCAUCUAUUUAUGGCCUCAUUUAUUUUAUAUUUAGCGCCAUAUUCUGGUCAAGCGACCACACGAGAGUUAUCUAUCAUAUUUUGAACUGGAACAAUCCGGGUGUCACGUGUGUUUAUAUUCUGUUAAUAGGACUUGUAGGGGUAGUAAUGUUAUAUUUUAUACUUUUUUGUAUUUAUCGCCUAAAACUUUUCAUUUUUUAUAAAACCAUGCCCAUUAAUUCGGAAACUGAAUUUGUCCCAUUGGUGGAUACAAGCUAGGCACAGUGAUAAUUUCCGUUUUUAAUCCCAGUCACAGUAGUGGAUUUUCUCAGACCGUCUUUUGAGUAGGUCUUGUUAUCAUUUGAUUACAAAAUGUUACAUGCGUGUAAGUACCUUAAUUCCUGGUGAAUCUGGUCCCGGACGAUACUACACACUGGCACGCUAAUACUAUUGAUUACGAACAUGGGCCUUUUAGUAAUGACAAUUUUUGUCAUUAAAUGACAUAAGUGAUCAUUAUUCUAAACUAAUGUUUAGUAUGUAUACAAAAAUGUCAAAAAAUAUACAGUUGUCAUUAAUUAGCGGGUGUGUAACUAGCUGUAAACGAUGUCACUACUGUUGUGACACAAACCUGGACAAUAGUGGUGUUUAUCAUUCAAUAGUCUCGUUUUUAAAACAUUAGUGACAUAACACCUAGUUAAUGAUUUCUGCCUGAUUACUAGCAAUGUUAAUGAACUAAUAAACAUUAUGUAUAUAAAAUGAUGUCUUUGAUCUGCUAGUGUCGUAUAUUUUCGGUGUCUGCGAUUCUCCUAAAAGGCGAAUGGUGAACGCCAAAGAAUUAGGGAUAAUGCUAUUUGAUGAUCGGGAUUCCUUUAUUUCCCGCGUAUUUUUUUUUUAUUUUUCUAUUCAGCUCUAAAAAUUAAAACUACUUGAAAAUUCGCAACGAAACAAAGAAAUGCCACGUACUGAUAAUACGAGAAGGCGUAUAUUCCAAAUGCCAUCGAAAGAUGUGUCUUCUAUUCACUUAAUUCAUUAAAUAUUCGCCGUUUUAGGAGAAACACAGACACUGGUAUAUUUUCAUUUUCAAAAGUUAUCUGUUGCCCAGUCAACGAUAUCAACUUUACAGUGACACAGAGCUUGAUAUAUAGUUAACUAAUCCACAUUCAAAUGAAUAUAAUUUGAAAAAUCUAACGGCAAAUCCAGAUUUUGGAUGGGUAACGUCAUGGCAUUUGAAAAUAAAAUGUAAAAUGUAUUACCACAAAGAGAAAAUGUUCGGUGACUAUUCUAAUGUUUAAUACUUCAUUGUUUUUAAUAAAACAUUUAUGACGAUC